AUGGUCACGUUUGUGAAGGAGUUUACUGCUGCGUCCGGACGUGAUCAUGGCAAGAUUUAUCUGGGAGGAACAAAUCCUGACAAUGCCGAGAAUGUUACUGAAACUGGAGUGGCAGAGGGUUGGCUAGAGGUCAGACCAGGAAAAAUAGCGGAUGAAUACGUCACGAAGCUGCUAGAGCUACAAGAUCAAGCUAAAGCUGCUGGAAAGGGUAAAUGGGGUAGUUCGAGCGACGCCAUUCGAGAAGUGAAAUGGGUCAUCGAGAACCCCAGGCAGUUGGUAGAUCAAUACAAACAGAAACCAGUGGACGCUGUCGUUGAAAUGGUCCGAGAUGGGUCAACCUUGAGGGUAAUGCUUCUACCCAGCUUCGAAUACAUAACCCUACAAUUGUCGGGCGUUCGCGCUCCAGCAACGCGUGCGGGAACUGAUGGUAAAGCAGAACAGUUUGCCGAGGAAGCUAAAUAUUUCGUCGAGCAAAGGCUUUUGCAGCAGGACGUCAAGGUUGUUCUCGAGUCAACGUCAAAUCAAAAUCUUGUCGGCUCAGUUCUUCAUCCAAAAGGCAACAUAGCUGAGUCGUUGUUGCGUGAGGGCUAUGCGAAAUGUGUUGACUGGAGUAUCGGACUAUGCACUGGUGGCGCAGAAAAACUCCGCGCUGCUGAAAAGCAAGCCAAAGACAAGAAGUUGCGUUUGUGGCGAACAUAUCAGCCAUCAGCUGCAAGUGCUCUUACCGGAGACAAGAAGAACUUCACAGGAAAAGUUGUGGAAAUCGUCAUGUCUGACGCCAUGGUAGUUCGAAAAGCGGAUGGCUCAGAAGUUAAGAUUCACCUCGCUUCUGUGAGGUUGCCAAGGGAUUCCGACGAGAAACCAUCUGUUGGAAGACAAAGUCGCCGCUCUACGAUCUGUCCAUUCAUUUUCCAAGCCAGAGAAGUUUCCCGAGAAAAAACUUGCUGCACGGUAAAAGUUGGAGAGCUUAACAUCGCGGAAGCGUUGAUUCUCAAGGGACUGAGCAAGGUGGUACGACAUCGGUCAGACGACGAGAACAGAUCAUCUGAAUACGAUGCUCUAUUGGCCGCAGAAGCAAAUGCUGAGAAGAGCAAGAAGGGUUUGUUUGCGGACAAGAGUGCUGACAAGAAGGAUACUCUUCGCAUCCAAGAGCUUCAAGGAGAUCUGGCCAGAAGCAAACAAUUCCUACCGUAUUUGCAAAGGAGUACGCGAGCCGAAGGUGUUGUCGAGUUUAUUGCGAGCGGAUCACGACUGAGGAUCUACAUUCCUAAGGAGACCGUGCUUAUAACAUUCCUUCUUGGUGGAAUCAAUUGUCCCAAGAGUGGCCGUCCUGGACCAGGAGGUGUCACCGGGCCGUCGGAACCAUUCGCUGAUGAGGCGGCUGCUUUCACUCGUCGUCUAGUCCUUCAACAUGAAGUAGAAAUUGAAGUCGAAGGAUUGGACAAGAUGGGCAACUUCAUUGGAUAUCUAUUCCUCACUCCUGAAGGAGGAGGCAAACCACAGAACCUCUCUGAAGUGCUUCUGGAACAAGGUCUCGCAACGUUGCAUUUCACCGCCGAAAGAAGUGCUCACUACAAUCAGCUGGUUCUAGCGGAAGAGCGUGCUAAAACUGCAAAGUAUGUUGUGGCG